CCUUGGGGCCUUCCUUGAUCUUCUUUGGGGUCCCUGGCUCCAGAAACCACCCUUCCUAGCUCAGCUCUGCAGCCCUCAGAGCCGCAGCAGCCACCUUGGAAUCUCUACGCCGAUCAUGUUCUCUGUGUUUGGACUCCCCAUCCCCAUCUCAGCCACAGAGCUGCUCCUGGCCUCUGCCAUCUUCUGCCUUGUAUUCUGGGUGGUCAGGACCUGGCAGCCUCAGGUCCCCAAAGGCCUGAAGAGUCCACCAGGGCCCUGGGGCUGGCCGCUGCUCGGGCACGUGCUGACCUUGGGCAAGAGCCCACACCUGGCCCUGGCGAGGCUGAGCCAGCGCUAUGGAGAUGUGCUGCAGAUCCGCAUUGGCUGCACCCCUGUGCUGGUGCUCAGCGGCCUGGACACCAUCCGGCAGGCCCUGGUGCGGCAGGGCGACGAUUUCAAGGGACGGCCCGACCUCUACAGCUUCACUCUGAUCUCUAAUGGCCAGAGCAUGACCUUCAACCCAGACUCUGGACCAGUGUGGGCCGCCCGUCGGCGCCUGGCCCAGAAGGCUCUUAACACCUUCUCCAUUGCCUCAGACCCAGCUUCCUCCUCCUCCUGCUACCUGGAGGAUCAUGUGAGCAAGGAGGCCGAGUGCCUCCUUGGCAAGUUCCAGGAGCUGAUGGCAGGGCCUGGGCACUUCGAUCCCUACAAGUAUGUACUGGUGUCAGUAGCCAAUGUCAUCUGUGCCAUAUGCUUUGGUCAGCGCUAUGAUCAUGACAACCCAGAGCUGCUUAGCCUUAUCAACCUGAGUAAUGAGUUCGGGGAGGUGACUGCAGCUGGGAACCCAGCCGACUUCAUCCCUAUCCUCCGUUACCUGCCCAACACGUCCCUGGAUCUCUUCAAGGACCUGAAUCAGAAGUUCUACAUCUUCAUGCAAAAGAUGGUCAGGGAACACUAUAAAAUCUUUGAGAAGGGGCGCAUCCGGGACAUCACAGACAGCCUGAUUGAGCACUGUCAGGACAAGAGGAUGGACGAGAAUGCCAAUAUCCAGCUGUCGGAUGAGAAGAUUGUGAACAUUGUCAUAGACCUCUUUGGAGCUGGGUUUGACACAGUCACAACCGCCAUCUCCUGGAGCCUCAUGUACCUGGUGACAAAUCCCAGCAUCCAGAGAAAGAUCCAGGAGGAGCUGGACACGGUGAUCGGCCAGGCGCGGCGGCCCCGGCUCUCCGACAGACCCCAGCUGCCCUAUAUGGAGGCCUUCAUCCUGGAGCUCUUCCGACACACCUCCUUCGUUCCCUUCACCAUCCCUCACAGUACCACAAGAGACACAAGUCUGAAUGGCUUUUACAUCCCCAAGGGGCGUUGUGUCUUUGUGAACCAGUGGCAGAUCAACCAUGACCAGAAGCUGUGGGAUGACCCCUCUGUGUUCCGGCCAGAACGGUUUCUCACUGCCGAUGGCACCAUCAACAAGGCACUGGGUGAAAAGGUGAUCCUGUUCGGCUUGGGCAAGCGGAAGUGCAUCGGUGAAACCAUUGCCCGCUUGGAGGUCUUUCUCUUCCUGGCCAUCCUGCUGCAGCAGGUGGAGUUCCGCGUGACCCCUGGUGUGAAGGUGGACAUGACCCCCAUCUACGGGCUGACCAUGAAGCAUGCCCACUGCGAGCAUGUCCAGAUGCAUGUGCGCUCUUAGGCGGUGGAGAGCCCUGCAACCUAGACUUUCUCCUGCCUGUCUGGGCAGCCAGGCCAGGGGACUGACCUGCGGGACCUGAGCUUUAGCCCAAAGCCCACAGAUACUGUCUGGCUGAUUUUUUACUGUCUGGGCUACAGGCAAGCCUGAGGGAUCAUACCCGUCCCCCACCCUGGACUCAUCCCUCUGCAUGCUGACCACAGGUAGCAGGGGCCACCUGGGAACUGAUGGAGCCUUCCGAAGUUGUGCUUAAGCUAGGAGGUCUAGGAGCAUUAGGGGGUCCCCAGGCCUUCAGAAAGGAGCUCUCUGGAGGCCCCUGGGCCCUGUAGCUGGCUGGUUCUCUGUGGGGGCUGACUGGCUUGAGAGAUGUCCUGCCACACCAGGACCUAUGCAAUCUCUUUGACAAUUAGGAGCUGCCAAGAGUGGGGGUGGGGGGGAGGUGAGGCAGUCCAGGAUACUGGCACAAGGUGGUCUCCCCGCUUAAACAAGGAUGAGCAACCAAAUCACAAGAGUCUGGAAUACUGUACCUGUGGGAUCACCUUCCUCUUUGCAGGCAGGAACAGGGCUGCCUCCUGGCCUCGUAAGGCCCCUGCUCCUGUCUAGGAUGGGCUGAGGACUAUGUGUCUAAGAGGAGCAGAGAGCAGAGGGAGUGCCCAAAUUCAGGCGCCAGGACCAUGUCAGGAAGGAGGACAGCAAUUCAAUUGCCUUCAACUGGGUCUCCUUCUCUACGCCAUGUCCUUUUAAAAUGUUAGCAUGCAAAGAGUGUUUUCUUUUAGCCUGUAUUGUACUUGUAUGUUUGCAUUUAUCACAUAUAAAAGCUUUAGAACAGUUUAUUGAGUGCAAUGGAGAAAAUUCUAACCCAAGUAUCCAGAAAAGUGUAAGAAACAUCCACCUGAGCUAAAUAAAGAUACUAUCCAGAAGUCCCGUAGGUGGAGAUUUUUUGAAUCGUGAGGGAAGCCACUCCCAUCUACAUGCCCACUUUGAGCCCAGUUCUGUUGGGUUUUACUGUGGGAGGACGAAGGGGAAGAGGCAGAGGUGAAGUGGUGAAACUGCUUUCAGGCUACUCACAGUCUGGCUGGGGCACAGGCUAUCACUUCACUGCCUUCCUUCUUCUCUAACUGAUCACAUGUUGAUGAAGAGCAUUCUCUGGACCAGGCUCUGGGGGGAUAAAGUGAAUAAAACACUGUCUGCCUUCAA